UUCAAAAAUGGAAACGAAUGACGACUGUGAAAAACAGCUGAAAGUAGCAGAGCAAAAGCAAGAUCAAUCUGACCAAUUUAAAUCUGAGUCGGAGCCAUUAAUAACAAGUAAUAUCCACCUGCAUGAAACAAAGUCAUCAUCACCAAGACUUCCUCAGCAAUGUGAUUAUAAAAAUGUGAUAAAGGAGAGUCAAGGAAACGUUAAGGAUAUAUGUAAAAAAUUUGAAAAUACAGGGACAUCUCCAGGUAAAGGAAAUGACACUGGUGGAAAAGCCACAUCUUCACCUCCGAGCAGCAGUUUCCCAAAGCCAGCACCAGGCCCAGGGCAGAUGGAUUCAGGAGGAGAGAUGGACUUACAACACAAAGAGCUUAAUAAUGUUCCUACCACAGAGGAAGAUGGAGAUACAGACUCUAAACAUUCUAAUGAAGAGUUCUUUGAAGAUGCAUCAGAAAACCCAGAAGAGCUGCAGAGAGCUGUGCAGAUGGAUGCAGGCAAACAGCAAAAUGAACAUCACAAAGACCAUGAUGAACACAUUCAGAACAAUUUUUCAAAAGAAGAUUGGCAACCUACAAAUGAAGAGCAAAUUGAAUUAAAUACAGUAACAAACUCAGACCAUGUACAGUGAACAAUAAACCACCGAAACACCUCACAGAUGCGCCAUUUUCUCCAGGAAACAUUGAUGAAAAACGUAAACAUUUUGAAAAGUUUGGAAAAGCCACUUCUCCACCUACAUCUUCAAUCAGCAGUUUCCCAAACCGAGCACCAGGCCCAGGGCAGAUGGAUUCAGGAAGAAAGAUGGACUUACAACAUAAAGAGCUUAAUAAUGUUCCUACAACAGAGGAAGAUGGAGAUACAGACUCUAAACAUUCUAAUGAAGAGUUCUUUGAAGAUACAUCAGAAAACCCAGGUUAGAGAAUUAAGGACAA